CAACGUGUCCAGGACCGAGAGGAAGGUUCUUUCUCUCUCUCGAGUACCUAGCUGAUUAUCGUUGCACGUUUGUUCUUUCUCGAACACCACGAAAAUUGACUGCCGCUUAUAUUAACUCCGUCUCCUUCGUAUCGUAUUCGUUGAAACGAUCGCGUUAGAGCUAGAACGAUACUUAUCGCCGAACAAAGGCAUUGAUGAUGUUACUGAACGGUGAAUCGUGCACAAGGUUUUACCGUGAUUGUAACGUAGCCGUUCUUAAAGUUCGAAGAAGACAUGACAGCACCCGUAUUCACACUCUCUGUCACACCGCAGUCCCCUGGCGACGUUCGCCUGGCCUGCCUCCUUCCUGUCUUUCCUCUGCCCCUCACUUCUUCCCCAGAUCUGACGUGCGUGACGCCAUCUUAUCACACUUAGAUUUUCUUUUCGUACCUCCUGCGCCGAACAUCGGGGCACUGUCCCUAUCCGCUUCAACCUACGACUAGUUUACGUCCACUCGAUAUAUAUCUUUCCGAAACUUAUCUCACACGGACUGAAAAAUCCUGUUUUAAGCCAAGUUUCCAAAUUUUCCGGCAUUUCUCCGUUGCGACUCGGUCGCAAAUGCUCCGCGAUUGGUGAACACGAGCCGAGUGUUGGAAAAGCCGUGGCGAAUCAGAGCGCUGGACAUGGUAACUGAUGGUCGCUCUUUCUUUGUGUACAAUCGUACACAAGAAGGAAAAUAGUAAGAGAGGAAUCACGGAAACUCCCUUUACCGGAUGCAAGUGUCAUUCUCUUAUCUUCCAGACAGCGCUAUCCACGAUCUCUCAAAAACUACGAACUCCCAAGCACAGGGAUAUUCUCAGAGAAGCAGGGGAUAUUCUCAACAGCAUCCUGUGAAUUUGAUAAAAGGCCAAAAAAAAAGUGUUACUGCUAUCUCUAAUAAUUCUUAA